CUUAUUAAAUAGAUCAGCUCAUGGAUAAUAGCAAUACAGAUAGUUUGGGAUCGGAACACAAUGUCGAUGAUGGCUUCUCCGAAUUAACAACCAGAGCGGCUUCAACUUGCUUUUCGCAUGAAGACAGACACUUGAACGGAAGCCCCUCUAAUCCAAUAUCAACAAUCAGUAUCACUCAACCACAGCCUGUCGUUGUAUCUCCUAUAUCAUUACAAACACCAUCUACUCAUGCAAUAGUCACAAAUGGUGAAAAGCAGUCAAGGAUUUACAAAGUAGUAUCAAGUGCAGUUUCUUCUUCGGCGACAUUCAGAGAAGCCACUGCUUCUUCAGUUUCUUCAAGUGUGACGUCUUCUGUAAACGGGAGAAAGAUGGUAGGGAAUGUGACCACAGCGAGGCAGUACAGGGUGCUAAAUAGUGGCGCGGCUACUGCAAGGAACCAACUCCAGAGUAAUUUGAACCAGUUCAUUAAAGAAGCGGGAUUGCAGACGUUCGCACAGGAAGGUGGCAUUUACGAGAAAAGUGGAAGUUUGGCAGAUCCGAAAGUGGGGCAUCUAGUAUCGAAGACCAAGGAUGAGGUCAGUUCAAAUGGCAGAAGUGGUUGUGAGAGUGUGAAUGGUGAAUCUAAAAAGGGGACGCCAGUUGGGGCAGGAGCUACGAAGGAUAAGGACAGACUGAAGAGAUUCGCAGAGGAGUUCGAGGAGGAUCCGCGUUCUCUGAAACAGAUGCGGUUCAGUGGCACCUGGUCGCCGACUCCUUCCGACAGCAAGGGGAAGGGACUGAGACACUUCGCCAUGAAGGUGUGUCAGAAGGUGCAACAUAAGGGAGUGACCACUUACAACGAAGUGGCCGAUGAACUGGUUUCGGAGUUAUUCGGAAACCAAAAACUAGAGACACUUUCUUCCGAACAGCAGUAUGAUCAGAAGAAUGUGCGCAGACGUGUGUAUGAUGCGCUCAAUGUGCUGAUGGCUCUGAACAUUAUCUCGAAGGACAAGAAAGAGAUCAAGUGGAUCGGAUUGCCAACUAACUCAGCCCAGGAAUUGAAGAAUCUGGAGCUGGAAAGAGACCAAAGGCUUCAGAGGAUCAUGGAAAAAAAGACACAAUUGCAAGAACUGAUUUUACAGCACGUAGCCUUCAAGAACCUGGUGAAGCAAAACAAAGAGGAAGAGGCGGCCAAUGGUGGCCAACCGCCUGACCCCAGCACAGUGAUCAGACUACCUUUCAUUGUGAUCAAUGCUAGUAGUGACACAGACAUAGACUGCAGCAUAGCUAGUGACAAAAGAGAGUACCUGUUCAAUCUAGACAAACCAUUUCAGGUGCACGAUGAUGUGUACAUUCUGAAAAAACUUGGUUUUUGUGCACCUCUCGAACGAGGAACAUCUCCUCUUCUGGGAGUGGCUUCAUCGUCAACUUCUAAUACCACUACUACAAGCCAUCUCUCUGCAAUUCAGUCUCUACUUCCUUCGAGCCUACACGAAUACGUGCAAAAUGCCUUUCAAGCUGACUCCUGAUCAAGCUGUCACCGAUGAAACUAGUGGGUCAAUUUCUUGAGAACAUUAAAUACUUCGAUAAUGUUUUGUUUAAAAUGUUAGCAAUAAUAUCAUUCAUAA